CGGAAGUUGUUUUCUCUCAAGACAUCGAUUAUCACAUGAUAAUUUACAAAUCCAAUAUUUCAUUGCAAAAUGGCUGGUGGUUUAGACAGAGCUAAGAGUAGUCUCCCAAAGAUUAAAGAUGAAGAAAGAGAAUCUAUGUUUGGCAAUGUGUUUGCUGUUUCUGGACCAGUCGUCGUGGCACAGAACAUGGCAGGAGCUGCUAUGUACGAGUUGGUUCGAGUCGGACAUUCAGAAUUAGUAGGGGAGAUCAUUCGAUUGGAGGGUGACAUGGCAACCAUCCAGGUUUAUGAAGACACAUCUGGUGUAACUGUUGGAGAUCCCGUAUUACGAACAGGAAAACCUCUAUCUGUAGAAUUAGGUCCAGGUAUUAUGGGUAGUAUUUUUGAUGGUAUUCAGAGACCUCUUGCAGACAUUUGUGAUAUCACACAGAGUAUUUAUAUACCUAAAGGUAUCAACACACCAGCUUUGGACAGAAGUAAGAAAUGGGAGUUCGAACCUCAAGGCAAUAUCAGAAUUGGUAGUCAUAUAACUGGAGGUGAUAUUUAUGGAGUUGUAUAUGAAAAUAUUCUAGUCAAACACAAAAUCAUGUUACCACCACGAGCCAAGGGCAAGGUCACAUGGAUAGCUGAACCAGGUUGUUAUGAUGUUAAUGAUGUUAUAUUAGAAACAGAAUUUGAUGGUGAAAAAUCUAAAUUUACCAUGUUACAAGUAUGGCCUGUACGUACAGUUCGUCCAGUCACCGAGAAAUUAGCUGGUAAUUACCCACUGCUCACAGGACAGAGAGUGUUAGAUGCUCUUUUCCCAUGUGUACAGGGUGGAACAACAGCUAUCCCAGGUGCUUUUGGAUGUGGUAAAACUGUAAUCUCACAAUCUUUGUCUAAAUAUAGUAACAGUGAUGUCAUUGUCUACGUAGGAUGUGGAGAAAGAGGAAAUGAAAUGUCUGAAGUAUUGAGAGACUUCCCUGAGUUGACUAUGGAAGUUGAUGGAAAACCAGAAAGUAUUAUGAAGAGAACAGCUUUGGUUGCCAAUACAUCAAACAUGCCUGUAGCUGCUAGAGAGGCUUCUAUUUAUACUGGUAUUACAUUAUCUGAGUACUUCAGAGAUAUGGGUUACAAUGUAUCUAUGAUGGCUGAUUCUACGUCCAGAUGGGCUGAAGCUUUGAGAGAAAUUUCUGGACGUUUGGCUGAAAUGCCUGCUGAUUCUGGUUACCCAGCAUACCUAGCUGCUAGAUUGGCUUCCUUUUAUGAGAGAGCUGGUCGUGUCAAAUGUCUGGGUAAUCCAUCUAGGGAGGGAAGUGUCAGUAUUGUAGGAGCUGUGUCUCCACCUGGUGGUGAUUUCUCAGAUCCUGUAACAUCAGCUACCUUGAGUAUUGUACAGGUGUUUUGGGGAUUAGAUAAGAAACUUGCUCAACGUAAACAUUUCCCAUCUAUUAAUUGGUUGAUUAGUCAUAGUAAAUACACAAGAGCAUUAGAUGAGUUCUACGAUAAAAAUUUCAAUGACUUUGUGCCACUAAGAAAGAAGUGUAAAGAAAUUCUACAAGAAGAGGAAGAAUUGUCAGAAAUUGUACAGUUAGUAGGAAAGGCAUCUUUAGCUGAAGGAGAUAAAAUCACACUAGAAGUUGCCAAACUAAUUAAAGAUGACUUUUUACAACAAAAUGGUUAUACACCUUAUGAUAGAUUUUGUCCAUUUUACAAGACUGUUGGUAUGUUGAAGAAUAUUAUAGGAUUUUAUGACAUGGCUAAACAUUCAAUAGAGAGCACAGCACAAAGUGAAAACAAAGUAACAUGGGCAAUUAUUAGAGACCAGAUGAACGAUUUAUUGUAUAAACUUAGCAGUAUGAAAUUUAAGGAUCCAGUCAAAGAUGGAGAGAAGAAAAUAAAAGCAGAUUAUGAAGAAUUACAUGAAGAACUUCAACAAGCAUUCCGAAAUUUAGAAGAUUAGAAUAUAAUUCAAACUUAAUUCUGUUGACCAUGACGAUUGUUAUACUAAUAAUUAUUGUUUAGACUGCUAGUACUUAUAUAACACAUCUAAUGAUCCAAGCAGGUUCUUGUUGACAAUAUUAUUCAGAAUUUGUGUAACUUAGAGUAGAUGUGCUAAGAAAAAUUCAGAUAAACACAAAUAAUGUAAAAAUGUCAGGCAUUUUUGCUGCAAUGUUAUAAAUGUAUUGAGUCCAGGAUUCUGAUUAAAAAAAAAUCAUUUACUCCAUUUUGCCAUUUUUGUUUUCAAACAAUAUUUUUAUUUAUUUAUUCACUGGUUAAUAAUACCCUAUCUUUGUAAUUAAGAUAUCAAUAAAGAAUUGAGUGAGAAGAUUUUUUAUUCUUAAGCUUUUUUUCAUAUAGUGCUAAAAAUAACAUCGUGAUUCAGGGAGACUUUGAGUAAAGAGAAACAUUUAAUAUAUAAACAUUCCAUUUCAUAAUAUGUAAAAUAAAGGUGGUUGAUGUAAACACUGAUCUGUACAAUAAGCAGGUAAAUGAAAUUAAAAACAGUAAAAUUAAUAUUUGUUACAAUUCAAAAAUCAGUUUUUUCCGAAAGAAACAGUUUUAUGUAAUUUUUUUUCAUUUCAUUUUCAAAUUAAGUCAAUAAAAAAAUCUUUGAAAUACACAAAACAUAUUUUAAAGGAUGUCUCUCAUUUUUAUAUAUUGUAAAAUAAAAACUGCUACAAAUCUUUUUAGUGGAAAUAGAAUUAUCUUUCUUAAAGGGAGAUAAAUUAUCAAUCUUAAAGGGAGAUAAGUUAUCAUUCUUAAGGGUAGAUAAUUCGCUAUUCACUUAAAAAGAACUGACUGAAAAUAACCAUUAAUCAUGUGUAUAUAGUCACAAUAUAGAGUGUCAAUGUGAUUGUGAGAUUGUUGGUGGUACAUGUGUGUUGAUAGUAUGAAAUACAGUUGAAAUCCAUAAGUAAACUAUUCAGCACCCCCUAAAUGAGAACAUUAAAGAAUGAAAAUCUAAAACAAUUUCCCGAUUUUUGUUAAUUACUGAAUUAGUUAUGGAUCUGUCUCUUUCAAGUAAUUUUGUUUAAAUUAAUAUAAGUUAUAUAGCAAUAGAUAGAUAUAUAUUUGGAUAUUACUGUGAUACGUAUGUGAAUGUCUUAAUUUAGUUAAUUAUUUCACAAACAUAAUUGUUCUCUAUAUUAUAAUGAAGAAGAAAUUCGUAUUGCCUAUAUAUGAUGGUUUGAAUAAAACUGUUUGUCUAAUGUGAAUAUCCUAUUAAACAACAAAAAUGAACAUUUAGGGAAUAAAAGGGAGAAUGAUUGCCUUUAUAUAAUAUCUUUGAGUUCUAGUCAGUUGAGAAUAUUGCAUUGUUCUACAUUCCAAAAUAAAUUGUUUUCUUCAAUUUUGAGAUGACCCCUGUUUUAGAAAAAGGGUGUCCACCUACAAUUUAUUGUAAGGCUGUCAUUUGAGUGUCAACAUAGACCACACUUAAAUAAGUGGUAGUUUUAUCAUAUUUUUGGUGAAAAGGGGAUCUAAACCAUUUAUUUAUAAGAAAUAAAAUUAUGGCUUCAAUUUAUUUGUGUAAUAAUGUGCACUGUAGUUGUAUUUGUUUCCUUGUUUGAUUACUGAAUAUGCAUGAAUACAUAAAUUAUUGAAUUGUACAUAUUAAUGCAUUUGAAUUUUCAAAUAACAAUUAAUUAAACUGAAAUGAGAAACUUACUUUUAAGGAAAAUUCAUGUUAAUGAAUUUUCCCGAAAAGUAUAUUUCAGAGCUAUGAGUGUAAACUUGAAGUUAUGCAAAUAAAGUUUCAAAACAAUGAUACCUUUCCAAAUCUGCUUAUUACUAAAAUCAGAUGUGAAUCUAGGAUUUAAAAAAGGGAGGGGUCUCGGCCCCAAUGUAGGCAAUGUUCAGAGCUGGACUUAUAAAAAGUUGAUGCAUUAGCCAUAUAUAUAUCUCCUUACAUGGAGAUCCCUGGCACCCUGCACUCCCUACCCCUAAAUUAUCAUCUUUGAUUUUUUUUCAUAUUCUCAUCAUAUUUAAUGUACAUUAAUCAGGCAACAUUGUAUAAGAAAUAUGUAUUUAAUGUUAGACAGUUUUAUUUGUUAGACAUAUGUGUUACAUUGUUUUCUACACCAGUACAUGUAUGUUAGAAAAAGUGAUGCAACAUUUACAUAUAUAUACUAUCUGGUAU